AUGUCUGAAAAGACUCGAUCCGCUGUGAUUGAAUGGAAAGCAGUAAAUGACCGCAUGGCCUACGCGCGCUUCGAAAGAAAAUUCUGCAAUAUUUCAGUCAUCAGUGUAUGUGCUCCAAUUCUGUGCGCAGAUGACUGCGAUAAGAAUAAAUUCUAUGCGGAGCUUCAACCAUUAACAACAUCUCUAUCGAGAGGUGACAUGGUCAUAAUCGAAGGAGACUGGAAUGAUACCGUUAAAAUGAAUUCGAUAAUUGGCAAAUAUGGCAUCGAAGUCCAGUGCGUCAAUGGAGAAUGCCUUCUUGCCGAAGUGCAUGAACUCUUUGUUAUUAAUACAUAG